AUGGAGGUCCCCCAUGUUGACUACGACAUAAGCAUUAUGAUUCAGGCCGUGAAGGAAGUUCAAGAGCUGUUGAGGUCCAAACAGUUUUCAACGUAUUCUGAGCUUGAUAAGGAAAUAACAGAAACCUUGCGUGGUUAUGAAUCUCUCGGUGAUGGCUUUGAGCGCUUUCGGGUUCAUUUAACUAAGGAUGCUGCAAGUAGUCAUGAUUUACAACGUAGUCUUUCGGAUAUGAAUGCCAGAUGCGAGGCAAGACUAAAGGAUUUUGUGUGGAGCCAAAAGGAUCAGAUAAAUGAUAUGUUGCCCUUUGUUGGAAGCAGGUCGCGUAUUUUGGUUCAUGGCUGCGGUGGAUUGCUGGCUGUUGCCAUUGCUUGCGCCAUACAGGAAAGGAGCGGUGUUCAUUUUUACAUUUGUGAAGGUCGUUCGACAAGCAAAAGGUAUCCUGAAGGCACAGGUGUAGCUCUACUAGAAAGGGCGGCACAGACACAGGAAGGGAUGCGACUCAAAGAGGCACUGAAGAAAUCGUGCACAAUUAUCCCUGAUGCUGGUAUGGGUGCCAUUAUGAGUCGGGUGGAUUUUGUGGUAAUGGGCGCAUACUGUGUGACUGAGCACGGUGGGUUGAUACACAGUACCGGGUCGCUACAAAUCGCAACUGUUGCAUCAGCGAUGAAUGUCCCUUUUUAUGUACUUUGUGAGACAUUUAAGUUUGCCCGCAUUUUCCCAUUGAGUACUGCAGAGCUUAAGCAGCCGGAAGACAGCAAUGACGUUCCUCUCGUAGAAUUUGUUCCGCCGACGAUGAUUACAUUGGUUUUUUCCGAGAAGGGUAUCAUGCCACCCUCUGCCGUAACGGAUGAAAUGUUUAGGUUUCAUACCGCCCGUUUUGCACCAGGGAAACGCAAGCAUUUGUCUCCUUAA